GACAUGUCUGUUCAAUUAGCGUUCUCCACGAGUUCACCGCUCUUGUUUGCUGCGCCGCGAUUUCGGAAGCAUAUUCGGUUGGUCCGCUUGGCAAUGUGAUCGCCGGAGGCUUUCGCGGUAUUGGCUUGCUCUCUGAUGAGGGACCGUUUUCUCAACGCGACGUAUUCGGCUCUCGUUGGGCCUAAGCCCGGGGACUUAAUGCGAGCUGAUGUCCGGAUCGAAGUCGAGCCCCAACCAAUGGGGAUAAAGAAGAGGAGACCGCUUUGUCGGGUUCGGCGAGGCGAAGACGCAGCCUGGAGCGCUGUGCCACCGCCAAAGGACGAAGGAAUCGAGAUCCUAGUUUUUAGAGUUCAAGAUGAAACAGCCGACAAGAAGCAAAGUUCCGAAGCAAGCCCUUACAAGAACAUGACUACCAGUCCUGUUGUCGGGAAGGUCGAAAGAGUGGAGAGAUCAAGAGAGCAGUCGGACACGUAUGUUUCGCUUGCUGGUCCACGAGGCAGUAUGAAGGUGGUGCUGCAUCUGCACCCUGAUCCUGAUGAGUGGCUCGAGCAACCAAGUAUGUUGAGCAUUGAUUUUGAUUGCGCCUUAACGGCAUUUGUGCAGUGCUUGCUGAGGUGUCGAGACACUACAUUACAGGCAUUCGGGAUGAUUGAUGAUCUUCAUCUUGGUGGCUGUUUGGAAAAGAUGGAUAAUCCUUACUACAAGAGAAAAAGAAAAACAUAGGAAAGGAAGGUAGAGCAGGUGAGAGGACAUGGGCUCUCAUGGUGGUCAUGAAUAGCGUGGCAGCCCAAAGGCCUUCUCGUGUUUGACACUGUAGGACUUCGCUGCAGGUCAGAUUUUAGUAAAAUGUGAUGAUAGGUUUUCGGCAGAGAGACCGCGUGAGGUUCGGAGUCGGAGUCGGGAGGCGGAGAGGUCGACGGGCGACAGGCGAGAGAAGAAGGCCAGCCACCAUCGGAGCGGACGUGCGCUGACUGCAGCAAAAUAGGUGGUUAUUGAAGCCACGAAGAGCGCCAUUCAAGCAAAUCUUACAUCCUCCUAGUAGUUAUGGCCCCCAUCUUCUUAAUCUAGUUGGAGUAGGACU